CGGCCCGUGGGAGCUCGCCGCUGGGGGCGAGGGGCCACUCGGGUGCCACCGGAGGGGCCGGGGGAAGCUCCCGCCUCGGGGCCGCUGCCAGCCCCGGCCGUCACGCUGCCGCCGCGGCUCCGCCCCGCGCGGCCGGGCGCCGCGGGCCGGGCUCGCUCCCGGGCCGGGCUCCCCCUUCCGUUAGGGAGGGCGGUGCCGAGGGGAGCCCGCCGGAGCCGCCCCGGAGGGAGCGCCGGAGGAGCAUGGCCGGGGCGGAGAGCCGCCGUCCUCCCGCGCCGGGUGAAGAUGUCAAACCAUUUACUCCUGAGAAAACCAAGGAAAUUUUGAUGUCUCUACAGCAACCUGCAGUCUUCUGUAACAUGGUUGGCGACUGGCCAGCCCUGCACUGGAAUGCGAAAUACCUUUCUGCGGUGUUGGAUGGAAAGACAAUCCAAUUUAGGCUAGGUCUGAAGACAGUGGAUUUAGUUCCCCAGUUUGAAACCAGGUGUAACUACGUGAAGGCUACACUUGAAGAGUUUUUGGCGUGGAGUUGUGGGCAGCCGUCUUGUCUCUCUGGACCAUUCAGUUGUUACGAGUACUCCAAAUAUUGGGCUUAUGCUGACUACAAAUACAUUGCCAGGAUAUUUGAAGACAAGCCAGAAAUUUUCCAGGAUAUAAGGUGGUCUGACUUUGGUUUUCCUGGAAGAAGUGGAAAAGAGAGCACGCUGUGGAUUGGUUCUGAAGGAGCAAACACCCCCUGCCAUUUGGACUCCUACGGCUGCAACUUAGUGUUGCAAGUACAAGGAAGGAAGAGAUGGCACCUCUUCCCACCUGGUGACACCAGUUUCCUUUAUCCCACCAGGAUCCCUUAUGAGGAAUCCAGCAUAUUCAGCAAAGUCAACGUUGCCAACCCUGACCUGAAACGCUUUCCUGAGUUUAGGAACACAACAGCCCAUGUGGUUACACUCAGUCCAGGACAGGUCCUGCUCGUUCCAAGGCACUGGUGGCACUAUGUGGAAUCCAUCGAUCCCAUCACUGUCAGCAUAAACUCUUGGAUUGAACUGGAUGCAGAUCAUGAAGCCCGUGUAGAAGAAGCAAUAACUCGAAUGCUAGUAUGUGCCAUAAAAUCAGCAGAAAAUCCCGGUGCUGGAGACGUGUGGCUAAAUCCCACAGAGGUUGAGGCAACAUCCCAUGAAAUCAAUCUUCAGUACCUGAAUAAAGCAGUGUCUGCAUAUUUCAAGUGUCAAAAGGCAAGUGUGUCAGAGCAGGCGUGUUCCAGCAGCACUGGCACAGAGCAAAGGACAAGUGCCUCACGCAAGAGGAAGAAAAGGGAAGUUGGCUGUGAACCAGAGGGCUGCAGAUUACUAACCCAUGAAUUUGGCUUUUCAUCAUUUAAAGCAGAAAAGCUGCAGAAAAUACCUUUUGGGCCUCAUCUUAUUCAAGUUUUACCACAGCCUCAAGAAACAAGCUCAAUGGGUGCAGUUGCAGUUGAAAGUGACAGUAGAGAUCUUCUCCAUGAAAAUGAAGGAGGACAUUUUGGAGAAUUACACUGCACCAGGAAGCAAUUGGUAAUGAGUAAUGACUGUGAAACACCUGCACAUCAAAUGGAUUCAGACAGCAGUCCAAAUGCCUCACAAACAGCCCUUUCUACCAAUGAUUUGCUAGACUGUUUGGUUAAUCCGCAUGUCAUCAAUUUAGUAGCUCGGCUGCUGUUAGAGAGAACACGAGUUUAAUGCUGGAGUGCUUUAUCAUUUCUGAAAUUAAGAAAUCAAAUGGCAGCCUUGUUCUGGGUGUUUAAGGUCUGUAAUAAUUGAAUGUUUUAUUUCAAAUAAUUUUUAGGUACAGAUAGACAGAGUUAAUGGUUAAGUGGCAGAUUUAAGUUGAGCUGAAAGAAGAAUAACUGGUUAAUGAUGGCUGGAAAGAGAAACCUGCGUCUCUGAGUCAGAGCGCUCCUCAGUGUUACGAACAAAACAGAGCAUACACAGUUAUACUCCCACCAUGAUGUGUGGAUGGGAUCUUUAAAGUGUUCUACAGCUCUGAGCUGUGAAACAAGUAUGGCUUGACAAUGGGAGCGAGUGCUGGGAUAUGGUUACAUAGCAGAGGAGGACUGAGAGUGGGAGAAGAUAGACUGACUUACUGUAGGCUGCAGCCCUUGACCACAUUUGAAGUGAAAUGGUCAAUAAGUGAUCAGUUGAUCACAUUAGAAAUAUUAAGCUCAAAUUAACCUAACCUCAGCCAAGAGGCAAUGCACUCA